AUGGCCGCCGCCGAGACGGCGACGGUCUUCAUGGAGACGAGCCUCGGCACCCGCCUCGUCCUCUCCUUCCCCGCCCGCGCCACCACCGUCGCCGACCUCAAGCGCCAAGUGAGCGCGGAGCAUGCCGCGUGUUUCCCCUGCACCGGGCCAAUCGCCGUCUCAUCCUUGCAGAUUGAGCUGGAUGGUUCCUGGUUUCAGCUCACUGAUUCCGUGGUCGUGGAAGCUGCUUUCGAGUGGGUCAAGGGGCCAAGGCGCCUCCUGGUUGAGGCUCACGAGCUUCGUCCUCAUCCACCUGCUUGCAAGGAUGCCAAGUGUGGAACUGCUGAUGCUGAACCAAAUGCGGGCCAUUCAGUCGUCGCUGAGGACUCCUUGCAGUACAUGUUACCUCCUGCAGAGGCACCAGGAGGUGGCAAUCAUGCCUCAGGCAAUGGCGUCAGUGACAUCCGACAGCUGAAGAACCAGCAGGAUAAAGUUGUUGAGCAUGCUUUAUGUCAGCACGAAGAUGGAAUUACUAUGCCUCAAGAAAGUUCAAAUAUUGAUUUAGCCAUUGGCGACAGCGGCACUGGCACCCCACUGGCAAACCAGGAGGACAAGCCUCAGGAAUGUAUUGAGCAUGUCUCUCGCCAACUCGAAGAUGGAAUUGGCAUGUCUCAAGAAAGUUCACAUUGUGAUUUAGCCACAGGUGACAGUGACACCUCACUGACAAACCAAGAGAACAAACUUCAGGGAUGUGUUGAGCAUGCCUCUGUUCAGCUCGAAGAUGGAAUCACCAUGCCCCAAGAAAGUUCACAUUUUGAUUUAGCCACAGGCACCAAUAACACCCCACUGCCAAACCAGGAGGACAAACUUCAAGGAUGUGCUGAGCAUGCCUCUGUUCAGCUCGAAGAUGGAACAACCAUGCCUCAAGAAAGUUCACAUUUUGAUUUAACAACAGGCACCAAUAACAGCCCACUGCCAAACCAGGAGGACAAACUUCAGGGAUGUGCUGAACAUGCUUCUGUUCAGCUCGAAGAUGGAAUCACCAUGCCUCAGGAAAGUUCACAUUUUGAUUUAGCAACAGGCACCAAUAACCGCCCACUGCCAAACCAGGAGGACAAACUUCAGGGAUGUGCUGAGCAUGCUUCUGGUCACCUUGAAGAUGGAAUCACCAUGCCUCAGGAAGGUUCAGAUUCUGAUUUAGCAGCAGGAGGUAGUGACACUCUACCAAUGGACCAACAGGACAAAUUUCAUGAUGGUGCUGAGCAUGCUUCAGCUCACAGUGAAGGUAGAACUACCAUGCCCCAAGAAAGUUCAGAUCUUGGUGUAGCAGAAGACAAAGGGAAUGAUCGUGCUGGGGAUCAACAAAAAGACAUCAUCAUGGAGCCAAGAGGGAAGAAACGGUUUAGGGAGGAAGAUGAAGCUGACAGAAACAUCGAUGUGAACUGUGAUGACAAUCUUUCCCAUUUUGUUAGCCCCACACCUAAGUUUGUGUCUGAGAAAAGAGCAAAGGAACAAUGGACAUCUGGUGUGUGCAGUGAAGGAAGCAUCAACAAUAAACCAGCUAUUCCACCUUGUGCUGAGUCCAUGGGAAAAGAUAAGUCUUCAGACAAAGAAGUGAUGACACAGAUAGGUGACAAGGAGGAACCUCAGAUAGCUGGGUGCACAGGUAAAAGCAGCUGCAAAAGAACAGAUGUUCCACAUUAUGUUGACUCCAUGAAUGAAGGCAAUAAGAGGCCAGCUUCCAAUGUCCAUUUUCUCAACAAAGGGGAAAAUGAAAGGGCCACAUCAUCUGUGACCAAAGAACAUGAGCCUUGUUUCAGAAGAAGGCACCACCGGGUUGCUGUGCGUAAAGUGUCUAUGAGCAGGGCAAUGAAGGUAUAUCCUUUCAGGUGUCCUGAUCAUGUUUUGAUAGCCCUAUCCAGACUCAGUGGUUUGAAGCUUAGUUCCAGAAAAUACUUCUUCACCUAUAAUGUGAACAUCCCCCAAGAGGGAGGUGUUGUCCCCCAAGAGGGAGUAUGGCUAGUUUGGGCACAAAACAACCUAAUAAGACCCUUGAGAACACUUGGAAACCGCUGGAUAAGUUUUAGUUUGAUCUCACAUGGACGAUGUGUACAAGAACAUGUUGCUGAGAAAGCUGUAGAACAGACAGAGAAUGGGAAAUGCUUUUGGGUACAACUUAAGUAG